GAGCGCCGGGCGAUGCGCAGACGCCUGGAGACCAUGGCUGAGGAUGCGACCAGAACCUUAGGGAAAGGAAGCGUCCCCCCGGGGCCGGUCCCAGAGGGCCUGAUCCGCAUCUACAGCAUGCGGUUCUGCCCCUAUGCGCACAGAACGCGCCUCGUCCUCCGGGCCAAAGGCAUCAGACAUGAAGUUAUCAACAUUAACCUGAGAAACAAGCCUGAAUGGUACUACACAAAGCACCCUUUUGGCCAGAUUCCUGUGCUGGAGAACAGCAAGUGUCAACUGAUCUACGAAUCUGUCAUCGCUUGUGAGUACCUGGAUGACGCUUAUCCCGGCAGGAAGCUGUAUCCAUAUGACCCUUAUGAGCGAGCUCGCCAAAAGAUGUUAUUGGAGCUAUUCUGUAAGGUGCCACAUCUAACCAAGGAGUGUCUGGUAGCACUGAGAUGCGGGAGAGAAUGCACUAAUCUGAAGCUAGCCCUGCGGCAAGAAUUCUGCAACCUUGAAGAGAUUCUUGGCUAUCAGAACACCAUCUUCUUUGGUGGAGACUGUAUAUCCAUGAUUGAUUACCUCUUUUGGCCCUGGUUUGAGCGGCUGGAUGUAUACGGAAUAGCCGACUGUGUGAACCACACCCCAGCACUUCGUCUCUGGAUCGCAGCCAUGAAGCAGGACCCCGCAGUGUGUGCCCUUCUCAUAGAUAAAAACAUUUUCCUGGGCUUCUUGAAUCUCUAUUUUCAGAACAACCCUGAUGCCUUUGACUAUGGGCUAAGUUGCUGAGUCUCACAGUCCUCCCCUUCACCAUCCAGAAUUCCCAAGCUCGUCAUGAUUCUGAAUCAGGAAUUGUUUUGAUGGGUCAAUAAAUCUCUGUUCAUUUUCUUUGAUGUUUCCAAUAAACAUGGAGACAGAAAA